GCAAUACGUGAAUGAUCCAAGACGAAGAACAAACAAAGACAACAAUCAAAUUAAAAUUACCAAUCAAUGGCGUCGUCGAAUCACAGCCCAGCGUAUGCAUACACGGUUCUUUACGUGAAAGACGUUGCUGAAUCCGUAGCUUUCUACGCCAAAGCCUUCGGUUAUUCCGUUCGCCGCUUAGACGAAUCCCACAGAUGGGGCGAGUUGGAAAGCGGCGCCACAACGAUCGCUUUCACUCCAAUCCACCAGCACGAGACCGAUGAUCUCACUGCUGCCGUCCACGCCACUAGAUCUAAACAAGAACGACCACCGGUUGAAGUUUGUUUUGUUUACCCAGACGUUGAUGCUGCCUAUAAGAGGGCGGUGGAGAAUGGGGCGGUGUCGGUGAGCGUGCCGGAGGUGAAGGAGUGGGGACAGAAGGUUGGGUACGUGAGAGAUAUUGAUGGUAUUGUGAUCAGAAUGGGAAGUCACGUGAAGCCAGCAAAAUUAGAUUAAUAAAGCUCGACAUAGCAUAGCAGCAAUUGCCAAAAUAUUCUACUAUUAUGUUUGCUUGUUUGUUUUCUGUAUAUGUAUAAACAAACCACUAUAUAAGUUACUACAAUAAUAUAUGAAUUUUCCAAUUGCUAUUUUA